GCGUCUGUUUACAGGGAAGCGUUCUGUUUAUGUUGUCGUUUGGUAAGAUGUUGACGGAUAAAGAAACUUCGGAUUUUGUUGAAGGCCAAAAGGCAAAACAUAAUGAGACCACUAGAGAUGUGCCAGCCGGAAGCACCUUUCUACCUACAGGUUCAUCCAUCGUGGGACAGGGAAGUGAAUGGGCAACCAACUCAAGUGUGGUUUAAAAACCAGCCAUUGGGAGAACACAGCCUUGGCAAUAUGAUGAAACAGGUGGCUCAUCAGGCUGAACUAUCUGGGCACAAAACCAAUCAUUCAGGUCGAAAGACAACAGUAAAAAGACUUAAAAAAGCCAACUUUGAAAAUACUGAUAUAAUACAAGUUACCGGACACAAGAAUGUGCAAAGUUUAAACUCAUAUUGUACCGUACCCCAGAAAAUCAUGAAAAAAAUGUCAGCAACAUUAACCACCUACAAUGCAGAGGCGAUCGAAGAAAACAAAGAAAAUUUGGUCAUUCCAGACAUUCCGAGUCAUGAACAAGAAGAAAUGUUAAGCUUUGUCGAAGUGGUUGAGCAAUCACAGAAGGAAAACGUCUCAUACAACCCGAAAUCUUCUGAAAUUCAGCUCUCGUCUUCUCAUACACUGAAUAAGGCAUUAGGAAUGGCAACUUCGAUGCUUUCAGGCGCAAAUAUCAGUGGUGGUAAUUUCACAAUCAAUAUCAACUUUGGUACCAAGUAACAAAUGAAAUUUAUUUGAAGAAGUGAACAUGUUUAAAAAAAAGUCAAUUUUAAAGUUAACUUUUAUAAAUUUGAUAACAUUUUGUUGACAGUUUCUGGAUA